UUCUUGAAGUGGCAUUUGUUUGAAAAGAUAAACGUAUAUAAAACUCUCCUGGACGGGACUAGUAACAAUGGCAAAAGCCUAAAAGUGAUCGCGCUGACUUCAGACUUCCGCCAAAGAAGGAAGUUGAAGAUAUUUUGACUCAUAAUUUGCCGCUGGGAUAUUUAUAAGGCAUUUACGAUCUCUGUAUGUUGAAUAAUCACGCUUGUUGAUUUUGCGUUUAGGACAAUAGGAGGAAGUUUGAGGUUUCUCCCAUACAUACAGAUUCAUCUUACCAGGAAGAAUGGCUCAGAGAAAUUUUAGUGAAGAUAAUGAUGAUGAGAAUGAGAACGACGAAUAUGUGUUUUUGGGAGGUUUGGAGGAUGGCCGGCCCGGAAUUUUCGACAGGCCUCUUCCUUGUUUUGGCUGUGGAUUAGGAUGGUUCUGUUUCCUACUCGGGUUUCUGUUUCCUUUGAUGUGGUACUUCGCCACCAUUUUUUACUUCGGAAAUUACUAUCGCAAAGACCCCAGAGAACGAGCAGGGCUUGCUGCCAAUGCCAUAGCCGCUUUGGUUUGUUCGGCGGUGGUGUUGAUUGUCGUUGCAGUCAUCAUUUUCUAGAGUCCGACGCCAGAGCUCUGCUGGUUCGACCACAGGUGUGUGCAGAUGAAGUGUUACAUAUCACACAGGUAAUGAAAAAUUUCCCGAUUCCUAUUUACAUGAAGAUGCAAAGAUGUGUAUAUGAAUUGAUAAAAUUUGCAAGAUUGGAGGGUCUGUUUUGAAAAACGUAGUUGCGAAAACCAUCGGUCUUCUGAAGGUUAUACCAAAAAUUGAAAAGCGAUCCGACAUGAGAAAUUCGGAGAUGGUUAGUUAGCUAACUAGGACGAAUAAUCCAUAAAACAUCUCUAAAAGACUCAAGAAAAAUUUGUCCCCCAAGUGGUGUGGAGAGUGAACUUGGUCACAAGUUCAAACUCCGAUACCUUCAGAUCCACCUGUCACACAUAGUUUGCCUAGUGUGAUACACUUUCGGAUAACAAUUGCGGAUUUUUACAUAAUACAAAAAAAAAAAAAAAAAAAAAAAAAGAUUCAAGAAAAA